AAUUUACACUAUACAUUGCAUUUUAGUCUCAGAAAAAAGGGAAAGACUUAAUUGGUGUUUAAAAUGUGAGUUUUGUGCAUUUCUUAACAAUGGCGUAUGCUCUUAAAGAAAUGCAAGAAGAAGAAUUGCAAGCCAUACAGGCUAUUUACAUGGAUGAUUAUGUUGAUCAUAGCCAAGGAAACUUUCCUCCUGAGAUAACUUUGAAACUGACUCCACUUCAAAGUAUUGUCAGAAAGGAUGUCCAUGCAAAAUUAGAUUUACGAGUAAAAUAUACCUCUUCGUAUCCAAACAACCCUCCUGUGUUAAAGUUGGAGAACAGCAAAGGAAUAUCAAAUGAACAAUUAAGUAAACUCAAAACUGACUUGGAUAAAAUGGCAAUUGAUUUGUGCGGCGAGGUUAUGAUAUUGCAACUUGCUCAAUUUAUCCAAUCGUUUUUGCACCAGCACAAUGUACCCAACCUUUCUUUCUUUGAACAAAUGCUUGCUAAUCAGCAAAAACAAGAGGAGUUAAUGUUUCAAGAAAAACAAAUAAAAGAGAAAGCAAAAGUGGCAAAAGAUAGAGAACGUGAACAAGAUGUUAAGAGACAAGUGAAAGAGGAACUUCAAAAAAGAGAUGAAGUGCUAAAGCAGGAGAAGAAAAAACGACAGGUAUCCUUAUCACAAUCUCCUGGCAAUAGUGGAUCGAACUAUUUUGAAGUAGUUGAUAUGCCUCAAAGAAGAGGAUCCUUUACCUGUUUGUUAGCAAAAGAACACAAAAUUUCUGUUGUUAUUUUUCGAAAUUCACAAGAUGAAAGAAAGGUGUUUUGCAGUUCCUGCAUUGGUCAUUUUUUUGAUGGUGCUUGUACGAUGACUGCAAUUGAUGAAAGCACCGGAAAAUUAAUGUCAAUAUCGGAAUGGAAAGUGAAGUUCCCAACUGAACAAAAAAAGGUUUAUUUUUCCAACGAAGAAACCUCUGAUGCAAUAGCUAAGCAGAUCAAUAGCAUUGAACAAGAAUUUUACUUCUUGAAGAGCAAACUAUCAUGCAGAGGAGCUUUACUUUAUCAUUCACUGCAUAUUGAAAGAAACGGAAAAAAUGUUUCAGCAAAGCUAUUAAUGGAUGCUAUAACUGGCCCUCCGUUAUCUAGUUUCUUGCAAGACGGUGGCUUAUCAAUCUCACUUCUUCAAAGCUUUUGUGCACAGCUAGUGGAAAUCCUCUCAUUUUUUCAUAGUAAAUCUAUUGUACACAGAGACCUGAAUCUAUGUAAUACUUUUGUUAACAACAAUAACGAGAUUGUCAUUUGUGGCUAUGCUGUGAUGAGACGCUUAUCAGACUUCUGUAAAACCCACAAUGCACAAGGGAGUACUGGCCAAGUUUUGGAAAACAGUUUCGGUGAUUAUAGAAAGUUGGUUAAAACUGGCAAAAAGGGUGAUGUAUUCAAUUUGGGUUUGCUGUUAGUAUGUUUAUAUCAAGGUCAUACAAACCUUGUAUAUCCUGUAGAAGUGCCUGAAGAUGCACCUGAAACAUUUAAGUCAUUCCUAAACAGUUGCUUCACAGUUAACGAAGAUCUCCGUCCCACCAUGCAACACCUAAGUAAUCACUCUUUUCUUUGUGAAAAAAUCAUUCUUCAGUAUGAUGCAAAAAAUGGUGAAAAACAAAAUCAGAACACGGAAAACUCUUUUCAGAAACUUGAGAAAGAUGAAGUACCAUUUUUGUUUCUACCCAAUCCUGUAGUACUUGGUAAAUCACGGUUGAUGAAUGAAUUUGAAAUCAUGCAAUCGUUGGGUAAAGGGGGAUUUGGAAGUGUUAUAAAAGUUAGAAACAAACUGGAUGGAAAUCUUUAUGCCAUAAAGCGCAUACCUUUAAACCCCAAGUGUCCUCACUUGAAUAAAAGAAUAACUAGAGAAGUGAAACUUUUGUCAAGAUUGAAUCAUGAAAAUGUUGUACGAUAUUUUAACUCUUGGAUUGAAGCAGAAGAUAUAAAAUUGUUAGAAACUUCUUCAACUGAUACCGAGCUAGACUUUACAUCAACAAAUCAGCAGCAAAACAAAAAGAAAGGAAUUACAAAAGUUCAGACUGCAAGAAAAAAACGAGAUCUUGAAGAGAGUUUAAUGGAGGUUAAUGGGAUUGAAGAGUUUGCUGUGCCAGAAUUUACUAGUGAUAAUAACGUAUCGUGGUGCGAAAUAAGCUCUACUGAGAAAAAAUCAUCCUCCAGUUCUUCAGAUGAUGACAGCUAUAGUCCAAAAUCAAAAAUUAACAUCAGGAGCUCAUCUCUUUCCAACCGAACACGCUCAAACAGAGGUGAGUCCUCAGAAGGGAUUAUAUUUCAAAUGGAUGACUCCAUGGUUCAAUUUGGUGACAUGCUUGAUUCUGAGGAAUCCGAAGAUGAAAUUCGAGUAACUGGUGCACUGAAUACUGCUACAACAACAACAACAACAACUUCUACCACCACCUCAGAAGAAUCUGUUUCAUUACAAUACUUGUACAUUCAAAUGGAGUAUUGUGAAAGAAGCACUCUUCGAAAUGUUAUUGAUGAAGAUUUGUACAAAAAGCCAGAUUUAGUUGGAAGAUAUUUUCGUGAGAUAAUUGAAGGAUUAGCACAUGUCCAUUCACAGGGAAUUAUUCAUCGAGAUUUAAAACCAUUUAAUAUCUUUAUUGAUUCCUGUGAUCGAAUAAAAAUUGGAGAUUUUGGUUUGGCAACUUCACAUGGAAAUGCAAAGCUAGACACUUCUGUUUUUCUCAAAGAAAACGAACCAGUUCAAUCCACUGAUGAUCGAAUGACUGGUAAAGUUGGUACAGCUCUUUACGUAGCACCAGAACUUUGUCAAGCAAAAAGUAAAAUAAAGUUUUCGCAAAAAGUUGACAUGUAUAGCUUAGGUGUCAUCCUAUUCGAAAUGUGUUAUCGUCCAUUGAAUACAGGCAUGGAGAGAGUGAAACUUCUUGGAUCAGUUAGAAGUGAGAGUGUAGUAUUUCCUGAAGAUUUCAACAAGAAGAAAUACAAACGAGAACACUAUGUCAUUUCCUGGUUGUUAAAUCACAAUCCAGAUGAAAGACCUUCUGCAACUGAAUUGCUUGAAAGUGGUUAUGUCCCGCCAAAAAUUGAAGACAGUCAAUUGGACGAACUUCUAAGGCAUACGUUAAAUCAAACCAAUUCAACUCGCUAUCAACGACUUAUGUCUACUUUAUUUUUGCAACCAGUGACUCCAGUACUUGACCAGAUAUAUGACAGUGAUUGCCAUGGUAAAAAUGAAGAUGUGAUUAUAGAAGCAGGGAAAAUACUCCAGCAUGUUAAGAAUGUUGUGAUAAACAUAUUUUUAAAACAUGAAGGGGUUUUCGUUGAAACACCUUUGUUGACUCCGAAGACAAAAAUAUUUGAUAACAUGAAUACUGCUUCAUUUAUAGAUCAAAAUGGUUUGCAGUUAUGCUUGCCAUGUGACUCAAGAGUAAGUUUUGCACGUUACAUAUCAAGAAACAAUAUUAACAGUUUUAAAAGGUUUUUUUUUGGAAAGCUAUUUCGCAACCCUGGUAUUAUUAGUGCUCAUCCAUUAGCUCUUUGGGAAUGUUCUUUUGAUAUUGUAACAAAUGGUUUUUCUAGCAUGCUGCCAGAAUCAGAGCUCAUUUUUAUAGUGUUCGAGAUUAUUAAAGAAUUUCCAACUUUGUAUAAUAGGAACUUUUACAUCAGACUCAACCAUAUGAGUAUCAUUAAAGCUGUUUUUGUCCAGAAUAAUUUUUCUGAGGAAACACAAAAUACAAUUUUGGAAAUAUUGGCUAACACAAGAAACAAAAAAAUUUUGGAAGAAAGAUUACAAACGUGUUUCAUGGAGCUAAGACUUACAGAGCAUGUUAUAAACAAGCUGAUGUCAUUCUUAACCUAUGAUGGAAGCCUCUCAAAAGCUAAAGAAACAUUACAACUUUUACGAAAAUCUAGAACACCUGUUAGUAAUCUAACCAAAGAAGCGUUCUCGGAGUUGGAACGAGUUGUCAAGUAUAUCACAAACUUCAGUAUUGAAAUUCCUGUGUCUAUUUGCACAUCAUUUAUUGGGAAUGUGAAUUAUUAUUCCGGAAUAGUUUUUCAGUUUGUUGCAGAAAAUAAUCGCAAAAGAAAACAUGGUGGUGUUGAUAUAUUAGCAGUUGGGGGUUGCUAUAACAAGUUAGUUGAAUCGAUGAGUCGAUAUGCUGAGUCCUCAGAUUUACCAAGUUCUGUAGGUGUUAGUAUUGCCGUGGAGAAAUUAAUCAUGUCUGUUGUGGAGGAGAAAAGAAAUUAUGGUUGUUAUCAAGGUUCAGCAAGUAACAGUGUGAUUGUAUGCUGUGUAACAAACACACCAAAUCUGGACUCGCUUGUUCCAGUCUUGCAAGACCUUUGGUCUGCUAAUAUACAUGCUUCAUUGUUUUCUUAUGAAUCACAACAAGAUUACACCAUUGAAGAAGUGCAAGAAUAUUGCAUUGAUAAUGGUAUCAAUCAUAUUGUUGUGUUAAAGGAGUCUGAUGUGGAGCAUGUGAGAGUAAAAAGUAGAGACAAAGAAAAAUUUUCAGAAACACGUGUCCAAAGAAAUGAGCUGUGUGAUUAUCUCAACCACAAACUAUCUGUUAAACUUGAAAAUACGAAGGAGAUGGAACAAUCUUUAACCAAGACUGUACCUCUGUAUCAGUCCAACGAGAUAUCCUUUCUCUUUACAUUCGUAUCCGUGGAUAAAGUUGAUGCAAAUUCUAAGAAAAAAUUUACCAAGAUAUUCGAUUCCAAGUUUCAUCAUGAACUUCAAAAAUGUUUUGGGAGUAACAAUGACCUUCAAGUGGUUGCAGCUAAAUUAGAUCGAAGUGUAUUAAAGAUUGUUGCUGCAUAUCUUGAGUUAAACGGUUCAUAUGAGGAUUUUGAAUCCAGUGUUCGGGACAUUAUGGAGAUGUACAAAGAACAGGGUUCCUUUAUGAAGCGGUUAUGUCAUACGUUGUAUAAAGUAUAUUCAGAAAGCCAUUCUGUAGUUAUCUUAUAUUCUUAUGUGGAAGAAGUUUAUAAAGUUUUUACAUAACAAUUUUUCAGAUAAUAUUUAUUCUGCAUAUUUAUUCUGCAUAUUUAUUUUAAUUUGCACUGGUGAUUUUUUUAAUAAAUUUAGCUACGUUCCCCUGCAAAAUAAAUUAAGACAACUCCAAGAUAUGGCAAAAUAAAAACUCCUCCCCACCACCCUUCCUCAAUUUUGCCCUUACUAAAGAAUUAUAACAUGGCUACUAGCCUCUAAUUCCAAUUGGGAAGGAGGGAGGAGGGAGGAGAAAUUUGCACAAUCAAAUUUAUGUGACCAUUUUUGUAGGUGAAUUGGAAAUAUAAAAAGUCUAUAAUCAUUCUAUUAUUAUUUCGGUAAAUAAUUUUUUUACUUAUUGUAAUUUUUUUUAGUUUAGUUAAGACUUCAUUAAUACUAUGAGGACUUUUCCAAAAUAAUUUAUUGUAGAUACUUAUAGAUAACAGAUUUACCAGAAGAGAAAAUUUUUGUAAAUAUAUUGAUAUAGAUAUAUGGAGUUACAUUUUCUGAUAUUUUUUAGGAAUAAAAUAGUACAUUUUGUUGUA